AAAGGGUGGUGUGGGGAGGUUAUACAAAUAGCAUUCAUUGGAGUUCUGUUGUCGUGGAAGUUUUCUGAGCACACACACUUGUUCCAUAACGGAGCAUUGGUGUGUUGUAUUUUUAGCCCAGUAUAAGGUGUAUGAGCUCAGUCUGAAGAUGUCUCUUAUAGAAGGUCUUCUACAGACAUCAAGCACAGUGACACUGCUGGGUACUGUGCUGUUUCUGCUGGUCCUCUACCUCCGCUCCUCUGGUUCCAGCUCUGAGGAACAGGGGAAGGAGCCUCCAGGACCGAGGCCACUGCCCCUGCUUGGUAACAUGCUCCAGCUGGACCUCAAGAAGCCCUACUGCACUCUCUGUGAGCUCUCCAAGAAAUAUGGUUCCAUCUUCACGGUUCACUUUGGAACCAAGAAAGUGGUUGUUCUGGCAGGAUACAAGACGGUCAAGCAGGCGCUGGUCAACCAGGCAGAGGACUUUGGGGACAGGGACAUCACUCCUGUGUUCCAUGAUUUCAACCAAGGACAUGGGAUUCUGUUUGCCAAUGGAGACUCAUGGAAAGAGAUGAGGCGCUUUGCCCUGACAAACCUUAGAGACUUUGGGAUGGGCAAGAAAGGGAGUGAGGAGAAAAUCUUGGAGGAAAUCCCCUACCUGAUUGAAGUGUUGGAAAAACAUGAGGGUAAGGCAUUUGACACAGCACAGCCUGUGCUUUAUGCCGCCUCCAACAUAAUCUCGGCCAUUGUCUUUGGCAGCAGGUUUGAAUACACUGACCCACUAUUCACAGGCAUGGUGAACAGGACCAAUGAGAAUGUUCACGUUAUAGGUUCUGCAUCAAUUCAGAUGUACAACAUGUUUCCCUGGUUGGGUCCGUGGAUAAACAACCUGACACAUCUGAAAAAGAAUGUUGCUGAUAUGAAGAUGGAGAUGACAGAGCUGGUGAGGGGCCUGAAGGAGACUCUGAACCCUCAUAUGUGUAGAGGCUUUGUGGACUCGUUCCUCGUCCGAAAGCAAACCCUGGAGGAAUCUGGCAAUAUGGAUUCUUUCUACCAUGACGACAACCUGGUAUUUAGUGUUGGUAACAUGUUUGGUGCUGGUACCGACACCACCGGGACAACCCUGUGCUGGGGUCUGCUGCUAAUGGCCAAGUACCCCCAUAUACAGGACCGGGUCCAGGAGGAGAUCAACAGGGUUAUAGGAAGUCGUCAAACCUUGGUAGAGGACAGGAAGAACCUGCCCUACACUGAUGCAGUGAUCCAUGAGACCCAGAGACUGGCCAACAUUACACCCAUGGCCGUCCCUCACACCACCAGCCGAGAUGUCACCUUCCAGGGAUAUUUCAUCAAAAAGGGGACAUCUGUGAUUCCUCUACUGACGUCGGUCCUACAGGAUGAUAGUGAAUGGGAGACCCCCCACACCUUUAACCCCUCCCACUUUCUGGAUGAGCAGGGAGGAUUUGUCAAGAGGGACGCCUUCAUGGCCUUCUCUGCAGGUCGUAGGGUGUGUCUGGGGGAGGGUCUGGCCAGGAUGGAGCUCUUCCUCUUCUUCACCUCCCUCCUGCAGCGCUUUCGUUUCUCUCCUCCUCCUGGAGUAACAGAGGAUGAUCUGGACCUCACACCAUCCGUGGGGUUCACCCUCCACCCUUCACCUCACCAGCUGUGUGCUGUGAGCCGGGUCUGAGAUUUGAACAUGAAAACAUUGGUGGGGCAAAAACUCAAUCAAAAAAGCUAAAAUGCAUCAAAACCACUACACAUUAAAUGUACCAUUAUAAAAAAUUAUCCCAGAAAUGAGCUUGCUCGACACACAAACAUUAUUAUAUUUUGUUUAUGAUCGGUUCAUAGGCUACUUCCAAUAUCUUUUACAUUUAAUUACACUGAAGACUACGGUUGUGGAACAUAUUUUUAUAGAGUGAAGUCUAUUUUACUUCAUUUUCAGCAUCGGUCUGCAGUGUUUCUAAGUAUUGCUAAGAGUAUUGGGACGCAGUCCAACACGUUCUGAGGGUAGUUGCAUCCGCCUGUCUGUUCAUAAGAUAUUCCUGUUAAUAAUACAGCAACAAAGUUUAUAAAGCUUCUUCGUUUCAAUCAUUGCAUCUUAAGUUCCAUGGGUUAUUAAAACAGGGUCUUAUCCUGUUUUAACAGUGCCUAUUAAAACAGGAUAAAUCACUAGAAUUCAAAUGCUUUUUUGACAACACCCCUUUUGAUUUGAACGAAACCUUCCAUAUAUAUUUGCCAAUUGUAAAAGUGCUCAGAAUGUGACUUAUUAAAUAAAUAUUUUUAUUCCCAAGAAAUGAGGACCUGGUUGUCGAUAAACCAAAAUACAAAUGUAUUUGUUUCUGGUAUGUACUGCCCCCCUGCUGCCAUGACGGAUGCUAUUGGUGCUAUAUUUUGAAUGUUUAACACCUGUUCUGUCCUCGGACUGGGUCAUUUUAGGGGAUUUGAAUCUGGAUUAGCUAUCCCUGGCUGCAGAUCAAUUUAAGUUUAUAUUUUUAUUUUUAUCUUACUCAAUUGAUCUCAAAACCCACAUGGCCCUGUUAACUCUUCAUUGAUUGAGUUAAUUCUUACUAAUAACCCCCAUAAAUAUUUGUGUAGUGGAGUAUUUGCAUAUGAUCUCAGUGAUAAUUGUCCUAUAGGAUGUAUUAGAGAUACGACACGGCAAAACACUAAUCAUCGUUUAAUUAAGAAACAUUUUUUUUUUUUUAAAUCUUGAUACUACCCAUCCCGGAUCCGGGAUCGUGAAUACAGCCUCAGGCUCAUUAGCAUAACACAACGUUAAUGAAAUAAAUAUGCCUGCUCUCAAGCUUAGCCUUUUGUUAACAACACUGUCAUCUCAGAUUUUCAAAAUAUGCUUUUAAACCAUAGCAUUUCAAGCAUUUGUGUAAGAGUAUUGAUAGCUAGCUUAGCAUUUAGCGUAGCAUUUAGCACGCAACAUUUUCACAAAAACCAGAAAACCAAUAAAUAAAAUCAUUUACCUUUGAAGAACUUCGGAUGUUUUCAAUGAGGAGACUCUCAGUUACAUAGCAAAUGUUCAGUUUUUCCUGUUUUUCACUCCUCUUUCUAUUCUGGUUAGAGAAUGGUACUGGCUAGACUGGUACUGUAAAAAAAUAUAUAUAUUUCAUUAAAAUCAUUCAAUAACUUCGUCUUAGCGGCGAUAAUAUAUUUUCAUGCUAAUUUUAUCUUACCUGCAAGAUGUUAGGUUGAUCAUUGUGGACAAUAUCAGAUUUAUUUUAAAUACACAAACUAUACAUUUAGCAAUUUUUUGGGGUAUCACAACACAGAAAAGUAAAAUGUCUCCAGCUGUGUAUUAUAAAGUGCCUUCAGAAAUUAUUCAGACCCGAUUUACUUUUUCCACAUUGUUAUGUUUCAGCAGUAUUCUAAAAUGGAUUAAAUGAAUACAAAUCAUCAAUCUACACACACAACCCCAGAAUGACAACGCAAAAACAGGUUUUUGCAAAUGUAUUAAACCACAAACAGAUACGUAAUUUACAUAAGUGUUCAGACCUUUUCUAUAAGACUCUAAAUGGAGUUUAAGUGCAUCAUGUUUCAAUUGAUCAUCUUUGAUGUUUCUACAUUUUGAAUGGAAUCCACCUGUGGUAAAUUCAAUUGAUUGGAUAUGAUUUGGAAAGGCACACACCUGUUUAUAUUAAGAUCCCACAGUUGACAGUGCACGUCAGAGCAAAAACCAAGCCUUGAGGUUGAAAGAAUUGUCCGUAGAGCUCAGAGACAAAUUUGUGUCGAGGCACAGAGACUCUUCCUAGAGCUGGCCGCCCGACAAAACUAAGCAGUUGGGGGAUAAGGACCUUUGUCAGGGAGGUGACCAAGAACCCGAUGGUCACUCUGACAGAGCCCUGGAGAUCCUCCUUCCAGAAGGACUACCAGCUCUGCAGCACUCUACUAAUCAGGCCUUUAUGGUAGAGUGGCCAGACGGAAGCCACUCCUCAGUAAAAGGCACAUGACAGUCCGCUUGGAGUUUGCGAAAGGCACCUAAAGACUCUCAGCACAUGAGAAACAACAUUCUAUUGUCUGAUGAAACCAAGAUUGAACUCUUUGGGGUGAAUGCCAAAAGUCAUGUCUGGAGGAAACUGGCACCAUCCCUUCGGUGGGGAUGUUUUUCAGAGGCAGGGACUGGGAGACUAGUCAGGAUUGAGGGAUAGAUGAACAGAGCAAAGUACAGAUCGAUCCUUGAUAAAAACCUGCUCCAGAACCCUCAGGACCUCAGACUGGGGCGAAGAUUCAACUUCUAACAGGACUACGAGCCUAAGCACACAGCCAAGACAACACAGGAGUGGCUUUAGAACAAGUCUCAAUGUCCUUGAGUGGCCGAGCAAGAGCCCGGACUUGAACCCAAUCUAACAUCUCUGGAGAGACCUGAAAAUAGCUGUACAGCAACGCUCCCCAUCCAACCUGACAGAGCUUGAGAGGAUAUUCAGAGAAGAAUGGGAGAAACUCCCCAAAUACAGGUGUUCCAAGUUUGUAGCGUCAUACCCAAGAAGACUCGAGGCUGUAAUCUCUGCCAAAGGUGCUUCAACAAAGUACGGAGUACAGGGUCUGAAUACUUAUGUAAAUGUGAUAUUUACGUUUUUAAUAUUUAAAGGGGAGCGAGGAGAAAAUAUUUUCUGAACCUGUUUUUGUUUUGUCAUUAUGGGGUAUUGUGUGUAGAUUGAGGGGGGAAAACGAUUUAAUCCAUUUUAGAAUGAGGCUGUAACCUAACAAAAUGUGGAAAAAGUCAAGGGGUCUGAAUACUUUCCGAAGGCACCGCAUAUUUAUAUUGACUAUGUUUCCAGUAGUAAUAAUAAAGAAAAUUUGACUUGUU